GGACAUUUAAGAUAAAUACAUAGAAUAAAGGCUUUUAUGUAGGCAAUUUAGGUUCACAUUCGACCUUGGUUUUUUUUGUACACAGAAAACAUAUUCAGUAAACCAGUACAUAAAAGAACAGAUUUAGGUUGAAAUGGAUUACUCCAAAGUAUUCUUGGUUUUACUGAGUUUGAUAGAAUUGAGUUACAGUGCUAGGAUACUAAUGUGGCCAUAUUGUCAGGGCUUCAACUCAAGACUUAUGAACAUUGAGAAGAUGUCAAAUAUCCUUAUAGAGGCUGGCCAUACAGUUGACUGGAUCAUCACUGAACAUUAUGAUGAAACCAAGAGGCCAUUGUCUAGUGAUGUCACAGUACACAAGUUUAAUGUUCCUGAAGAUGUUCCACUCAUAACUGAUGAAGGUUACGUGGAGCAAUUCAUAGAUAUCUCACCAGCAAAAAUACUGCCAAUAUUACGGGAGAUCACUGACCAAUUCUGUGAGAGUUUGAUCAAGUCAGGGAUUUUAAGGGUCCUGAAGGAGAAGAACUAUGAUGUGAUGAUUUUAGAUUACAUUGAUUACUGUGGCAGGAUUGGAAUUGAUUAUCUUGGGAUACCUACAAUGUUGUAUUCUAAUUUUGGCUUUAUUACAUCAGAGACUAUGUUCCCAAACCCUAUGUCAUUCGUACCACAUUUUACAACUGCUUUAUCUGAUGAUAUGACAUUCACAGAAAGGUUCCAGAAUACGUUGACUAUCUUAAUGUUUUCCACAGUCGGAAUACAAUAUUUCACAAGAGGUGUCCGUCAGUUGAAACAGGAGUAUGGAUUGAAUUUCAGCCUGCCAUUGGAAAAUGCCCACAUGAGAGCUGCUAUGACGAUUAAUCAUGCGCACUGGGCAUUUGAUUAUCCACAGCCUCUAUUACCAUAUCAUAUUAUGGUUGGUGGGCUUUACUUUACUGAUGCUAAACCUUUGGAUCCAUUCUUCGACAACAUUAUGACAUCAUCGCCAAAUGGAGUUAUUAUUGUCAGUUUUGGAACACUUUUUAAUAGAUUCAACUCGGAGAAAAAUGAACAGCUUGCGCUUGGGUUUGCUAAACUAAAACAAACUGUCAUAUGGAAAUAUAAAGGGGACCCUUUGAAAAAUAAAGGUUCUAACACUUAUCUUGUCGAUUGGAUGCCCCAGAAUGACCUCCUGGGUCACCCAAAUGUGAGAUUAUUUGUGACCCAUUGUGGUAUAAGUAGUGCGUAUGAAACCAUGUAUCACGGGGUACCAAUUGUGGCUAUUCCAAUGAUUUUUGACCAGCAAGGGAAUGCAAGAAAACUAACCAGGACACGUGCAAACAUGGGGGAGGAACUUUCUAUGCAUAGUCUUACAAGUGAAUCUUUAAAGGAAACCAUUGAACUUGUUCUUGGAGAACCAAAGUAUAAAAGCAGUGCUAUUGAGAUGUCAAAAAAGGUCAGGACAAAUCUUGUUUCUCCAAAAGAGACUUUGUUGUACUGGGUUCAGCAGGUGGCGAUGAAUGGUUCCCAUGGUUACCUACAUCCUAUAGGGCCAUCUAAGAUGCACUGGGCUCAGUAUCAUCAGUUGGAUGUCAUGGCUGUUUUAGCCAUUUGUCUCGUUAUUGUUACAGUUGUUAUAGUGUUUACAUGUAGAUGUUGUAUUAGAGGAUGCUCUAAUAGGUUGCGCAAGCAGAAAAAAGAUUGAAUCCUAUUAAUUUAAGUUUGGACAAACUUGAAUUUUAAGAAUAUGUCAUGCUUAUAAUUGACAGUCACAUUGUUGUAUAAGUAUUCAACAUAAAUAUACUGCAAAAAUGUCUAUAUAUUUGCACAAAAAACCAUAUCUCUCUAAGAACAUAUACAAAUGCACAAAACCAGUAUCAAUAUAUACAUAAAAGGAUCUUGAACUUUGAACUUAAGUUUUCAUGUUAGACAAGACCUGUUCUUUCUUACCUCAAUCUGUACUUAUUCACUCUCACAGUAUUUUAUCAUCAAGACAUGUUAGUCAGUUUGUUGGAAAGGGAACUAGAUGAAAGCAUAUCUAAGGAAGGUGCUGACUGCUUUAUUGUAGCCUUCCUGACAUAAACCAGAGUGUUUCUGCGUGGAAUUCUCUUCAAAAAACUGUUAUGGUGGUUGUCAGAAUUAUCUCUGUCUAAAGUGCCUAAAUUGCUUGCAUCUCUAUUUAAUCAAAGGUGUGAAUUGUCAAGUUUUUCCACUUUUUUUAUAUUUUACUUAUGACCAGUAGACCAAAUUUCUUUUCCCAUGUUCUCACAGUUGGUCAUGGUUUUGUGCUGAAAGGUCCUUAGCCU